AUGCUUAAAUCGUGGGAUUCAUUUAUGACAGCAGCUUUAGAUUUGAUUAUGGAAUCACCUUAAGCUAGAGCCAAAGUUAAAUACUACAAAAUCAAGUAAAUAGCUCUACUCACAGUCACAGAUGAUAAAAAGCAUUGCAUCUUUAAAUCAAGAAACGUGGAUGAGAUUGAACAAUUUAUUAAAUUGACAAGCAAACUUAUGUUGAAUGUAGAUCCAAAUGAAGUUAAAGAAGAUCCUCAAGAACAAAAAACAGAUAAAAAAUAAGGCAAGAAAAAAGGAAAAGGAAACAAAAAAUGA